AUGUUUGGACGCUGCGCCCAGUACGACUUCCUAGCCAUCCCGCGGCUAAGCACGUCGCAGCCUGCCUCAGAGCAAGCUUGCCCAUCAUAUCAACUCAUAGACGCAAGAGGAGCGUUGGAACCCCGGGGGACGCCCCUCAUGUUCCAGCGCAUUCUGACCAACACAAUCAAUGCUAGCAUGCAUCUUCUCACUAAUCCCGCAGCCCUCGGUCAAACCCGACCCCUGGGUCCGAUUAAUCUAGGCGCCACCGUCAUUCCGCAAGGCAUCGAGAAGCUUUGCGCCCGAGCUACCGAGGCGAUUGUGUCCGUCGUCUUGGUCGGCAACCCGUCUCGCGACCCCGUAAAACUCUGCAACACAGGUCGCCAGGAAAAUCACGAUUAUCGCACCACGUAUGACCGGUUCGCGGCAGAGGGGUAG